AUGAGUGAUUUACAACAUAACGCAAGACGAAAAAGUUCAGUAUGGUCUUAUUUCAAGGAGAUUGUUGCAAGAAAAUCGGCAAAAUGUAAUUUUUGCUCUCAAAUUCUAUCAAUCAAGGGAGGUUCUACUCAUACUCUCACAAGACAUCUCAAAAGUAAGCAUAUACAUGCGUAUAAUGCAGAAACUUCUUCAAGCAGUGUAUCUGAAAGAAAUGAUCCAAACCCAAACCCAACUCCAAACCCAACUGAAACCAUAGAGACCGAAACCACUACAACAGUUCCAUUUGAAAUAAAUGAAGGUGCAUCAACGUCAACUGCAGCUACCAACAUACCAAACCAAUCGAGAUCCUAUAAAAAAAAAGGCACUUCAACAAUAACAGAAUAUUUUCACAAGCCAAUUAGUAAUAAAAAAACAUAUCAGUUUAAUGAGUUAUUAGUGCAAAGUAUCGUGAAAGAUUACUUACCUUUUCAAAUCGUAGAAAGUCAAAGCUUCAAGAAAUUCAUAGCAGCUUUGAAUCCUGGUUAUCAAAUGCCUUCCAGAACAACUUUAUCCAUUGUCCUAAUACCGCAAAUGUACAAUAUGAAAAAAGAAGAAGUUCUUCACAGCCUUAAGUCAUGCAAAGCCAUUUGUUUGACGACAGAUAGUUGGACAUCGGUGGCUAAUGAAAAUUAUGUAUCGGUAACAGCUCAUGGGAUAAACAAAGAAAACGAAAAUGUAACAUUUUUGCUAGAAUGCUACAAUUAUUCUGAUAGUCACACCGCAGACAAUUUGGCUAACGAACUUAAAAGAAUAACCGAAAAGUGGGAAAUUUCGGAAAAAAUUGAAGCAGUUGCUACUGACAAUGCGGCCAAUAUUACUGCUGCAAUAAGACAAACACAAUGGAGGCACGUGCCCUGUUUCGCACACACACUAAAUUUAGUUGUUCAAACUGCAAUGGAAGAAAUUAAGCAAAUUCAGACCAAGGUGAAGAAAAUAGUUGAAUUUUUCAAAAGAAGUCCGAAGGCAACCGCUCUCCUGAAGACGAUGCAACAACAAAUGGGGCAUUCUGUAUUAAACCUCAAACAGGAUGUAAUUACCAGAUGGAAUUCAACAUAUGACAUGUUCAAGAGAAUAUUAGAAACUAAGGAAUCUUUAAUUUCUACUAUUGCAAUUAACUAUCCAAACUUGGAAAAUUUGAACAAUGAAGAGUUUAAUAUCCUGGAGAAGUGUUGUGAACUUUUAGGUGUUUUUAAAGAUGUAACAGAAGAGAUUAGUAGUGAAAAAAAAGUUACGGCAUCCAAAAUAAUUUUGCUUAGUUCCGGCCUAAAAAAAUAUUGUGCAAACUAUUUAAAUAAUAAUCCAGAUUUACCAAAGUUAGUUCGUGGUUUGGGACAGUCACUGUUGGCAUCCCUUAAUAAAAAAUUUAAUAAUAUAGAACAACACAAAGUCUUUUCCGAAUCUACAUUUUUGGAUCCUAGAUUCAAAAAUCAUGGAUUCACUAGCAAAACUUGUUUUGAGGCUACAAAAGACAAUAUAACUCGUUAUAUUACAACCUUACCGAAAGAAACGGAAGACGAAAUAAAUGUAGAACGACUUAACGAAAAUGACUCCGAGGAGCCCAAACAGCCAUCUAAAAUAUGGGACGAUUUUGAUCAAAACGUAUCAAAAUUGGUUGGCAGUAGUAACCCAAAAGUUUCGAGUAUCAUUGAAGUUGAAAAAUAUAUGCAAGAGCCACUUUUAUUAAGAACCGCAAAUCCACUUAAAUGGUGGAAAGAACGCCAAUCUGUUUAUCCACGACUCUAUGACCUAGCCAUGAAAAGACUUUGUGUUGUUGGGACUUCCGUUCCAAGUGAAAGGGUGUUCUCUAAAACUGGACAAAUCAUUACAGAACGGCGAAACAGACUAAAAGGAUUAAUCGAGGAGUUGUGCAAACAACGUGUGCAAUAA